CGGGCGCGGCGCGUGGGUACUUCCGGCUCGCGCGUCCGGUCGGUUUCCCGGCCCGCGGCCGAAGGGGCACGAUGGAGCCGGCGGGCCGUGCUAGUGCUCCCCGGUGGCAGGGGGCGGAGGACUCAACCUGCAGACCCUAGAUGCCACCUAGAGCAUGAGCUUGGACAAGAACACCUACUAAAACCACUUCUCUGGGGAACCUGCCAGCCUUCCUGCCCCAAACAUUGCCACCAGGACCAGGAUGGAAACAACCUUCGGGCCUGCCUUUUCAGCCGUCACCACCGUCACGAAAGCCGACGGUACUAGCACGUACAAACAGCACCGCAGAACACCUUCCUCUUCUAGCACGCUUGCCUACUCCCCACGCGAUGAGGAGGACAGCAUGCCGCCCAUUAGCACUCCGCGCCGCUCUGACUCAGCCAUCUCUGUACGCUCACUGCACUCUGAGUCCAGCAUGUCUUUACGAUCCACGUUCUCACUGCCAGAGGAGGAGGAGGAGCCGGAGCCGCUGGUGUUUGCAGAGCAGCCAUCAGUGAAGCUGUGCUGCCAGCUGUGCUGCUGCGUGUUCAAAGACCCCGUGAUCACCACAUGCGGGCACACCUUUUGUAGAAGAUGCGCUCUCAAGUCAGAGAAAUGCCCUGUGGACAGUGCCAAGCUGACGGUGGUGGUGAACAACAUUGCCGUGGCCGAGCAGGUUGGGGAGCUCUUUAUCCACUGCAAACAUGGCUGCCAGGCAGCGGGCAGCGGGAAGCCCAGCGCCUUCGAGGUGGACCCCCGAGGCUGCCCCUUCACCAUCAAGCUCAGUGCCCGGAAGGACCAUGAAGGCAACUGUGACUACCGGCCCGUGCGGUGCCCCAAUAACCCUAGCUGCCCACCUCUUCUCAAGAUGAACCUGGAGGCCCAUCUCAAGGAGUGCGAGCACAUCAAAUGUCCCCACUCCAAGUACGGGUGCACAUUCAUCGGGAACCAGGACACAUAUGAGACACACCUGGAGACGUGCCGCUUUGAGGGCCUGAAGGAAUUUCUGCAGCAGACAGAUGACCGCUUCCAUGAGAUGCAGGUGGCUCUGGCCCAGAAGGACCAGGAGAUUGCCUUCCUGCGCUCCAUGCUGGGCAAGCUCUCUGAAAAGAUUGACCAGCUGGAGAAGAGCCUGGAGCUCAAGUUUGAUGUCCUGGAUGAGAACCAGAGCAAGCUCAGUGAAGACCUUAUGGAGUUCCGGCGCGAUGCCUCCAUGUUGAACGACGAGCUGUCCCACAUCAAUGCACGGCUGAACAUGGGCAUCCUGGGAUCCUACGACCCUCAGCAGAUCUUCAAAUGCAAGGGGACCUUUGUGGGGCAUCAGGGUCCUGUCUGGUGUCUCUGCGUCUACUCCACGGGUGACUUGCUUUUCAGUGGGUCUUCAGACAAGACCAUCAAGGUGUGGGAUACAUGUACCACUUACAAGUGCCAGAAGACUCUGGAGGGCCACGACGGCAUUGUGCUGGCGCUCUGCAUCCAAGGGUGCAAGCUAUACAGCGGCUCUGCAGACUGCACCAUCAUCGCUGUUGGUGCCCUGAGGCUCCUGCGCUCCCCCCAGGUGUGGGACAUCCAGAACCUGCAGAAGGUGAACACGAUCCGGGCCCACGACAACCCAGUGUGCACGCUGGUCUCCUCACACAACAUGCUCUUCAGCGGCUCCCUGAAGGCCAUCAAGGUCUGGGACAUCGUGGGCACCGAGCUGAAGUUAAAGAAAGAACUCACAGGCCUGAACCACUGGGUGCGGGCCCUGGUGGCCGCCCAGAGCUACCUAUACAGCGGCUCCUACCAGACAAUCAAGAUCUGGGACAUUCGGACCCUGGACUGCAUCCACGUGCUUCAGACAUCAGGCGGCAGUGUCUACUCAAUUGCUGUGACGAGCCACCACAUUGUCUGCGGCACCUAUGAAAACCUCAUCCAUGUGUGGGACAUCGAAUCCAAGGAGCAGGUACGGACCCUGACGGGCCACGUGGGCACUGUGUACGCCCUGGCGGUCAUCUCAACGCCAGACCAGACCAAAGUCUUCAGUGCAUCGUAUGACCGGUCCCUCAGGGUUUGGAGCAUGGACAACAUGAUCUGCACCCAGACUCUGCUGCGGCACCAGGGCAGCGUGACUGCGCUGGCCGUGUCCCGGGGCCGGCUCUUCUCAGGUGCUGUGGAUAGCACCGUGAAGGUGUGGACCUGCUAAUGAAGAGCUUGGGCUGGGCCUCAGCAUCCUCUGGGCCUGUCAGAGCCAGCUGGCUGCACAGGUAGCCUUGGGGCUCUUGCUGCCUGUGGGGCCCGGGGGGCAGGCUGGCAGUACCUUCCCAGCGCUCGCUCAGUGGCGUCCUCACGGCUGUCAGGACAACACCCAGCACCCUCCCCUGGGUGCCAGGUACGACACUCAGCCGGCCCAGCCUGGUCCUUCCCUGAGAUGGACUGCAGGCCUUUUUAUUCACAUUUUCUACUGUUUUUAGACUGUACAUACAUUUGAUUACUUCCAGGUGGAAAUAAACUCUGCACAGACUGUG